GUGAUUUAUUUUAUUUUAAUUUUCAUUAACGAUUAAUAAAAAAUGUGUGACAGUGAAAGUGAGCAACCUCCUAAAAAGAAAACGCUUUACGACACACUAUCAAGUCAUCUAGUAAAUAUUAGUAAAACUGAACGUCAAAAACGAUACAGGGAGCAGAAUAGACAGAAAUUGAAACAGCGUGAAGCUGAAAGAAGAAAACGAAUACAACAUUCACAAAGUACUGCUGUGCCAUCUACUUCUUCAAACACUAAUAUCAUUGAAGUGAGUGAUGAAGAAACAAUAUCUGUUAUUUCCCAAAGUCCACCUAGUCAUCUGAGCGAACAAUCAUUACAAAAAUGGUCACAAAAUAUUAUUAUUGAAGCUGGAAAUCACCAAGGUCAGUUAAACACAAGACACACCAUUAAUGUUAAGUAAGUUUUUAUUUAUCAAUCUACUAGUACCACAAUACACUAAGUUUUGUUUUAGUUGUUUUGUAAAAAUUUUUAUAAUGUUUUGAAUAAUUUUUUUUUAGAGUAAAUAAUAAUAAAACUGAACUU